ACUCCACUAAACCAGUACCAGGUCCAGUAGCUGUAGUGGUACUGUAGUGAUGGAAGCGGGUGUGUGGUUCAUGCUGCUGGGUGUGCUGCUGGUCAUGACUGAUAUGGGUCAGUCCAUCCCCAAAGACGGCGUGCUGGAGUCACAUGAGGACACAGACAGAGACAACAUGCUGGAGAGUCCAGGGGCCACUGAGGAGCAGAUGGAUCAUCUUCUGGAGGAUCGUCUUCUGGUGGAAAUGUUGCGCUCUUUACUCCACGGCUCUCAGAGAUACGAACGCAACCCUUCAGUGCUGCACCAUCCACAGCGGUUUGGUCGGGGGACUCGGAGCGGCUUGUCCACAGAGGAACGGAUACAGUCUCGCGACUGGGAGACUGUUCCUGGACAGAUAUGGAGCAUGGCUGUGCCACAAAGAUUCGGCAAAAAAUAACCACCCAGAGUGAGCUCUUUAAAGUUUUGUAAUUAGUAGAUUUGAAACAUCUAUAAGAAUCUCAUUCUCCCAACCAGUCAAAGGCAAUCAGUCACUCUUCUGCGCAUUUCAUCAAACCCUGUGAUAGUAAUUAUAACACACCAAAACAAUAAUAUUUAAAUGUAUUAAAUACACUACAUAAGUUGUGAAUGAGUGAAUGGAAAUAGACACAUGAGGGCAGGUUGUGAUUAUUCAUCCACUGUAAAUCAUAU